CCUUUAGCAAACCAAGCAGCAGUAGCUGCUGCAGCUGCAGCUGCCAUGGGCUCAAUAGCGAGUUCACAGGCUUUUGGAAAUGCACUAUCCAGUCUGCAAGGUGUUACUGGACAACUUGUCACAAAUGCACAAGGACAGAUUAUUGGAACAAUUCCACUCAUGCCAAAUCAAGUAUCAUCUAAUCAACCAGGAGGUGGAGCUCAGGGACUUCAAGUGCAGCCAAUCACACCACAACUACUGACAAACGCCCAGGGACAGAUUAUUGCCACUGUAAUAGGGAACCAGAUUUUGCCAGUGAUUAAUACCCAGGGUAUAACAUUGUCACCGCUCAAACCCGGACAACAGCUCCAUCAACCAGCACAGACAUCGGUGGGUCCAGCGACAUCACAGGCCAACCUUUUGCACCUGGCUCACAAUCAGGCAUCAAUGUCUCAAAGUCCAGUGCGUCAAGCUUCCUCUUCUUCUUCUUCAUCUUCCUCUUCUUCAGCUUUGAGUGUUGGUCAGUUAGUCAGCAAUCCACAGACAGCCAGUACUGAAGUUGAUGGAGUAAAUCUGGAAGAAAUAAGAGAGUUUGCUAAAGCAUUUAAAAUACGACGUCUUUCCCUUGGUCUGACACAAACACAAGUGGGACAGGCUUUGAGUGCAACAGAGGGUCCAGCCUAUAGUCAAUCUGCAAUCUGUAGACACACCAUCCUGAGAAGCCACUUUUUCCUACCACAGGAAGCCCAAGAGAACACUAUAGCUAGCAGUCUGACAGCCAAACUGAACCCUGGCCUUUUGUAUCCUGCCAGGUUUGAAAAGCUGGACAUCACCCCAAAAAGUGCCCAGAAGAUAAAGCCUGUCCUUGAGAGGUGGAUGGCCGAGGCUGAGGCCCGCCAUCGAGCAGGUAUGCAGAACCUCACAGAAUUUAUCGGCAGCGAGCCUUCAAAAAAACGCAAGAGGCGCACUUCAUUCACUCCGCAGGCCCUGGAGAUCUUGAAUGCCCAUUUUGAGAAGAACACACACCCUUCAGGACAGGAAAUGACAGAGAUUGCUGAGAAACUGAACUAUGACCGUGAAGUUGUCCGAGUGUGGUUCUGCAACAAACGGCAAGCCCUCAAGAACACAAUAAAACGAAUAAAGCAACACGAACCAGGCACAGAAGUUCCAAUAGAAUCCUUAACAGAUUCAAUGGAAGAGAAUUCCUAAAACAUUGAGAAUGAACUCUUUGAAAUGUCUGUUCAUCAGCCUUGUAAGUAAACAAAACAAAAAAUAAAAUAAAAAAAGAAAGGUGGACAGAACAAUUUAUUCAUGUGUUCAAGAGUUUUCCAAAUACAAUGCACAGCACCUAAGUGUGUAUGUGUAUGUGCUAGUAGCCCUAAACAGAAAAAAAGACAAAAACAUUUUUUCUAUGGACUUCACAAAAACCAAAUAACUGUGUUUUUCUGUACAUUAAGACAAUGUGAACAGUGUUUGAAAACCAAGAGAAUCUUUUAUCUAUCUAAAAAGAAACACAAGCCUGCCACCUGGAGGAUUAUUUGUAGACUUUCAGGGUUUAAGUGCUCAUUCACUAGAAAAUCUUCACUAAGAACCAAAGCCAGAAAAAUGGUGUUGCAAAACUAGAUUGUUGGACUUCUCUAAAAUAAGCAUCAUGAGUUGUUUCACAUGUUCACUGUCUGCUGUAAGAAAAAGUAAAAUUUGUAUUUUUUCAGUUAUGUUUUAUUGCAACACAUACAACAUUUUUUCACACUAACUCACAUAUUGUUUGUGGAAACUGUAAAGUUACAUUUGUUGACUAUAUAAGGGACAAACAGUUUAUUCACAUGGCGGCUAUGAUAUGUGGGUUCCAUCCUGACACAUGUAAAGAUUGAGUUAUAUUUGAUUCAUGUCAUACAGUGCCAAAUAAGGUUCACCUUGUUGGUGUAUGUUGUAUGAAUGAAAACCUUAGAGAAGAAAUAAGGUUUGCACAACUGCGUUCUGCAACCAUUUUCUGUAUUUUCUUUCCAAAGUCUCUUAGCCAAAGAAAUUUUUGAGAAUCUGGUGUACGAGGCAGUUCCUGGAUUAUACCAAAUAGAGGGCUGAAGGAAUAUUACCGUGUUAAUUACAGCUACUUAAAAUCAUGUGCAUUGUUGAAUUAAUGUGACCAAAACAUAUUUUUUUUCACGUGCCAGUUUUUCACAAAAACAUUUACCAACUUUAUUUUUUGUGCCAUUAAACAAUUUAAUUGCAUGGAUGCACAGAAAACAUAAAACAAAACUUUAACUCAAACACUUUGCGUUUGUACUUGUACUUACAUUUUGUAAGUAUAUUAACUAGUGACGCACCUCUAGAGGAUACAGCCCUACAUUCAAACUUUGCCAGAGAUGUAAUAAGGAGAAUCAUGCUUUUACAAAGUGUAUCAAAUAUAUAGAGACAUACAAUAUACCACAAGAUGCUCGAUUUAGGGCAUGUGUACUUGGGCUUUUGUUUAUGUCAAAGCUGCUUUUCUUUCCAUACAAGUCAAUGGAAAUGAAUAAGUAGCAUGGCCUAGCUUGAUGUAACUUGAAGUUAUAUUGUUGGUCAGAAGGAAGCCUGAAGAACCUGUGAAAGUAUCUCAAGCUGAUCUCAAACAUAAUCUGAAUUCACCUAAAAGCAUGCUGCAUCCCAUGUUUAAGAAGCCCCCACUGAAGUGUGAAGUGCAGUGAAAUAAAGUGAAGAGAUGUUUGUCCAGAUUACUAUAGUAGGAGCUAGUGUUUACGUUGUAUAAUGAACAUCCAAAUAUGAAAAGCUCUAUUUUUUUUGCAAUUACCCUGCAUUAUAAAAUUUUUAGUGUCCACAACUUUACUUCAUAGUAAAUUGUGCCUAAGACACCCUAAUUUCCUCACACAUCACUUCACUGCCCUUUCAACUUCAGCAAAUCAUGCUCAGUGUUCCAACCUCAGGGUUUUCUUAGGUUUCUUCUGGUAUUUAUCAGUAAAAAGACAUGCUUAGGACAUGACACAUGUUUGUCAUACUGGGGUUGAUUUACUAAAACUGGAAAGUG